AUGCCUCCCAUAUCACCUUGUCGAGCAGCGGCGCUGCUACAGAGCACCCGGCCACCGUUGCAGAGGAUACCACGAGCAGCAUUUGUAGCGGGACAACGUCAACUACGAUCAGCAUCAACGAAACACCCCAAAGGCUUCACUCCACCGACCAACGAUGACUUAGAAGAGCUACGAGAGCGGACCAUCGAGUUCGCGCGGAGGGAGAUCACAUUCGAUGUCGCACAGUCAACAGACCACGACAAUGAGUUUCCGAACUCGAUGUGGCAGAAGCUGGGUGAGGCAGGGUUCUUGGGCUUGACAGCAGACGAGGACUACGGCGGGCUAGGGAUGGGAUACCAGGCGCAUUGUGUGGUGUUAGAGGAGCUCAGUCGUGCGAGUGGGAGCAUAGGUUUGAGUUACGCAGCACACAGUCAACUCUGCGUCAACCAGCUCCAACUCAAUGGGACCGACGAGCAGAAACGCCAGUUCCUUCCGGGCCUGACGAGCGGCGAAAAGAUUGGCGCUCUGGCAAUGAGCGAGCACAAUGCCGGCUCAGAUGUCGUAUCGAUGAAGACGACAGCUAAGGAGACUGAUGGUGGCUACCUCCUCAACGGCCACAAGAUGUGGAUCACCAACGGUCCGGACGCACACUUUAUCGUCGUCUACGCCAAAACCGACCCAGAUGCUGGCAGCAAAGGCAUGACGGCCUUCAUCGUGGAUUCGUCCACUCCCGGCUUCAGCUGUGCGCGUAAGCUUGACAAGCUAGGUAUGCGAGGAAGUAACACGGGCGAGCUCGUCUUCGACAACGUCUUUGUCCCUAGCUCCAACAUACUCGGUGGCGUUGGCAAAGGCGUGCGAGUACUGAUGGAAGGCCUCGACCUCGAACGCCUGGUUCUGUCUUCUGGCUCCCUCGGCUUAAUGAAGGCUGCACUGGAUGUGACACUUCCAUAUGUACACGAGCGGAAGCAAUUUGGAGUGCCCUUGGCGCAGAACCAGUUCAUCCAGGGCAAAUUGGCGGACAUGUACACGAAAUAUCGCGCCAGCUCUGCGUUCACGUACAGCGUCGCGCGGGCCAUUGAUGAGAGCCACGAGGACCCUGAGAUCCGGACCCAGGACUGCGCUGGAGCGAUUUUGUAUGCGGCGGAGCGGGCAACUGAGUGUGGAAUGGAUGCUAUCCAGUGCUUGGGCGGGAUGGGGUAUAUGAAUGAAAUGGCGGCCGGACGGAUCAUGAGGGAUGCGAAACUGUAUGAGAUCGGUGCCGGGACGAGUGAGAUCAGGAGGAUGGUGAUUGGGAGGGCAUUCAACAAGGAGUUCGGGACGAGAUGA